ACCCCUUUUUUCGAAAUCUCUCACAAAAGGGCAGAAAGAGUAGUUCCUUACUCCAUCCAUCGCCACCCUAAAAAUCCACUUUUCAAUCCUUCUCUCUGUCUGCUAACACCCGAUUCGGUUUCCGAUCGUAUCAAAUUCACUCUCUCUUUGUAUCUGUUGCUACACGAAUUUUAGUUUUUGAAUUUAAUAGAAAAUGGUGUCGGCCAAUAGGGAGAUGGUGGUGUACUGCUUCGACACACUGGUGGCGCACUACAACAACGAGGAGCCCCCUCUUCCUGCCUUCGAUGAGGGCCAACAUCCACUGUUCGUGACCUGGAAAAAAGUGAUCAAUGGUGGGGAACCUCGUUUACGUGGAUGCAUAGGGACUUUGGAAGCUCGCGCCAUAGUUAAUGGUUUCAAGGACUAUGCUUUAACAAGUGCCCUCAGGGAUCGACGAUUUCCCCCAAUACAAGCUAAAGAACUACCUUCCUUAGAAUGUACAGUUUCCAUUUUGACAAAUUAUGAAACUGCUCGUGACUACCUCGACUGGGAGGUUGGGAAGCAUGGAAUAAUUAUUGAAUUUACUGAUCCUGACUACAAUACAAGGCGAAGUGCCACCUACUUACCUGAGGUUGCUGCUCAUGAAGGGUGGACAAUUGUUGAAGCAAUUGAUUCAUUGAUUAGAAAAGCGGGUUAUAGAGGCACCAUCACUGAACAACUGCGAAAGAGCAUCCAGCUUACCCGUUACCAAAGCACACUAUUUACCAUGCCGUACAGUGAAUAUGUUGCCUAUGCGAAGACAACUAGAGGUGUUGCUCCGACUAUUAAUGGGGUGAAACCAUGAUAGGUUCAUUGACUUCCAUUUAUGCUGCGAAACUAUCGCACCGAUCUGAAGGUAAUUUAUUCAACAUAAAUUGUGGGGUUCAUAUUGCCCAGUGAUUAUUAUUCAUCUUUUUAUGUUUCUUGGGUUUCCUGGAUAGUUCUGGUGUGUUGUAAAAUUUAUGUCGUUAAUAAGUAAUAUUAUACGCUAGUGUGGUACAGCAUGUUCUAAUGGAUUGAACAAGUCUGA